GUAGACCGGUUGAAUUUGCUGUCGUCUAUUUCUCGGUUUAGCGCUGUUUAUGUUGUUAGCUGAGCUGCUAGCCGUUGCAGUGUUUUGCUGUGCGGAACGACAGCCUGCACAUCCACAGGCUGUUUAUAAGUGGGCACAUAGUAAGAUGAAGCUUUGUAGAGCAGAAUAUAGAACGAUUGCGAAAUUCACCGAUCAGCUGCGGCCCACUCGACAGUGUAUGAAGAUGCUGAAAGACAGGUUCCCCAAUCACUCGCAGUCCACUCUUCUGAGCAUCUUCUCCCUGGAGUACCAGAAGCGAAUGAAAAGAAGUCUUGUGAGACACCAUGCCCCAGAUGUUAUUGAAGACUACUACCAGAGGUACCGUAGUGAAGCCAAGAAACGUCCUUCAGACCCUGUUCUGCUGGAGUUAGCCAACGAGGUGGAUCUGUCUCCAUCUCUCAUGGCUCGUCUGCUGGUGGAGCGCUUCCUUGAGGAGCAGCAAGGUUCAGUGUCCUCUAAGCAAGUCUUGAACAGUAUGUUACGGGAGCCAUCUUUAAUUCCAGACAUGCAGUUAGCCAAACAUGUCGAACAGUGCACAAUAAAUGACUGCUGUUAUGGGCCGCUGGUAGACUGCAUCAAACAUGCUAUAGGCCAAGAGCAUGAGGAAAUUCUACGAGAGAAACUCAGAGAGAGGAACUUGUCUUUUUUAGAUGAGAAUCAUCUACGGGCCAAGGGUUAUGACAAGACCCCUGACAUUAUUCUAGAAGUCCCAAUUGCUGUUGAAGGCCACAUUGUUCACUGGAUUGAAAGCAAGGCUUCAUUUGGAGAUGAGCAGAGCCAUCGCACAUACCUGAACGAUCAGUUCUGGAGCUACUGGAACAGGUUUGGCCCAGGUCUGGUCAUCUACUGGUAUGGCUUCAUAGCAGAACUGGACUGUCAACGGGACAGAGGGAUCCUGCUCAAGGACUGCUUCCCCUCAGACAUCAUAACUCUGUGCCAUAGGUUGGGAGAAAGCUGAUGCUAGCCAAGGCUUACACUGAGGGUGGAUGGGGGGCAACUAGGGCAUUUGUCGGUGGAGACGUUUAUCCGGAAGCAAUUUAGGUUUCCCGCUGCGUGACGUUUCUGGAAAACAUCUGCCCUGAACUUCAGUUGAACUCCAGGGGAUCAGGGUCAGGAUAGUACCUCUGUACAAAAUAAUGCUAGAAGGCCUGGACUCUUCCUGGACUGGGCCUGGGUAAGCCUGGACCCUGUUGCUCUGUGGGAGCCUCCUGGCAGAUAGUGCCUCUUAUCACAGCCCUCUCCUUCGACACACUGACCUGGACACACUCUUCUGAGGCCAGCUUUUGUACUCACCCCUUUCUCUCUCUCUUGAUAGGGUGUAGUCUAUUUGGAACCAUGUCUACUGAUCCCUAACUACUUUGUAUUUAGGACACAUCACAAGUUUACCAUGUGCCAUAUGAGUUUGAGUGCUCCCAGUGAUUAAGUUGGCUUAAAAACAAAGAAAUCAAUAAAAGUGAAUCUGUAAA